AUGGAAAGCUGGCCCUUUACCCGUACAUGCAGCACCUGUCGGACCAGUCGUUCAUGGAAAACUGGCCCUUUACCCGUACAUGCAGCACCUGUCGGACCAGUCGUUCACGGAAAACUGGCCCUUUACCCGUACAUGCAGCAACUGUCGGACCAGUCGUUCAGAGUAAGCUUGCCCUUUACCCGUACAUGUAGCACCUGUCGGACCAGUCGUUCACGGAAAACUGGCCCUUUACCCGUACAUGUAGCACCUGUCGGACCAGUCGUUCAUGGAAAGCUGGCCCUUUACCCGUACAUGCAGCACCUGUCGGACCAGUCGUUCAUGGAAAGCUGGCCCUUUACCCGUACAUGCAGCACCUGUCGGACCAGUCGUUCAUGGAAAGCUGGCCCUUUACCCGUACAUGCAGCACCUGUCGGACCAGUCGUUCAUGGAAAGCUGGCCCUUUACCCGUACAUGCAGCACCUGUGGGACCAGUCGUUCAUGGAAAGCUGGCCCUUUACCCGUACAUGUAGCACCUGUCGGACCAGUCGUUCAAGGAAAACUGGCCCUUUACCCGUACAUGCAGCACCUGUCGGACCAGUCGUUCAAGGAAAACUGGCCCUUUACCCGUACAUGCAGCACCUGUCGGACCAGUCGUUCAUGGAAAACUGGCCCUUUACCCGUUCAUGCAGCACCUGUCGGACUAGUCGUUCAAGGAAAGCUGGCCCUUUACCCGUACAUGCAGCACCUGUCGGACCAGACGUUCAAGGAAAGCUGGCCCUUUACCCGUACAUGCAGCACCUGUCGGACCAGUCGUUCACGGAAAGCUGGCCCUUUACCCGUACAUGCAGCACCUGUCGGACCAGUCGUUUACGGAAAGCUGGCCCUUUACCCGUACAUGUAGCACCUGUCGGACCAGUCGUUCAUGGAAAGCUGGCCUUUACCCGUACAUGCAGCACCUGUCGGACCAGUCGUUCAUGGAAAGCUGGCCCUUUACCCGUUCAUGCAGCACCUGUCGGACUAGUCGUUCAAGGAAAGCUGGCCCUUUACCCGUACAUGCAGCACCUGUCGGACCAGACGUUCAAGGAAAGCUGGCCCUUUACCCGUACAUGCAGCACCUGUCGGACCAGUCGUUCACGGAAAGCUGGCCCUUUACCCGUACAUGCAGCACCUGUCGGACCAGUCGUUUACGGAAAGCUGGCCCUUUACCCGUACAUGUAG